CUGUUUCUCUCUUUCUGUAUCCAACUCGGAGACCGAGUCAAAGAAGCCUUGAGCUUCAAGCUGGUUACGAACUUGGAAGAGGCGGAAAUCCGCUUGGUCAUUUCAUCUCUAACUAACACAUACGAUUCUCGACUGCACAACUUCCUAACACCUCUUCGAUCUCGCCGGACAACACCCCAUGCAAUUCGUACUUCGCAAGUGCUUUAUGUGACCGCGACUCCGUCUUCGUUGGCCUCAAACUUGUGUCUUGCAAACAAGGGUGGUCAUACUAUGGCACUAGCCCAACUGAACAACGACAUUCUGCUACUAGUAUGCCUUGAACUUCCAGUGGAUACUAUCCAAACCCUACGUCAAGUUUCUCGCGUCUUCAGCGUCGUCACUCGAGUCCGUUCUCUCUGGAUCACUCUUAUACGCCGGGUUUUAACCACAAAUGGCCUUAUGCCCAGUUACUUGGGUCAUUAUGAAGAGCUUGAAACAUCUGUCCUGGAACUUCUAGUGCGAAGGCUGGAACACUUUACCGAAAAAUGGGAGCGUGAUCCAACACCGAUAUCUCCUGCCACCCUAUUUAACUAUAACACUUCGUUGUCGGUGACUUGGCUUAAGUUGGUCGCCGGUAACUGGCUUUUUGUCGCAUCGUCGGAUGAGACGGAGAGCAAAAUUUCAUGCUACGACCUCUCUACCGCUACGCCAGAUUCGAUGAAUGGUAUUGUGCACGCAUAUCUUCCCGGUCGAGUCAGAACCGGUCGGGUCGAGGUUCAGGAUGGUAGUAUGGUGUUAGCUCUCGGUUUGGGGCCAGAAUCUGCUGCCGUCCAUAUUCUGACGCUUUGCAAAGUAUCUGGGCAAAAUGUUUUCUGUGAACUUGCGCGAUGUGAGGGCUCCACCUACGUGUUGAUGCUCUCUGGCUCUCUGGUUGGAUGUGCUCUACGAAAUGGGAGCAACGUACCCCAUAUCUACGACUGGAAAUCCCGCACAAUAUAUGACAUAAUCCCUCAGCCGGAUGGUCUAGAUGUUCCAUCUCGUCGAACUGUUCCUCAUCUAAUGACUAAAUGGCAAGGAAAAUUAAUCAUCAUUCGUUCAAGCGCGAUUGAAUUGUACGACACAGUCUAUGCCCAGACGACCACUUUCGUAUUCAACACCAAUUUCGACACCCCUUCCAUUUCGGAGGUUGAGCGAUGCGCUCCUCCCGGGCGAUCACCCGACACACUUCACUUUCUCGCUCUCUCUUCCCGCGGUUUGGAGCUCAUAACGCUGGAGCCUGGCGCCGGUCAAGUCGACUAUCACCAGAGUCUUAUUCUGGAGGCGCCAUUUCAUCGUAUCCUCAACCCUGGUGAUCCUGUACCGGUGGGAGAAGACUAUCCCAUGUUUUAUGGUCUCCGUGUCGGCGACAGUGGCCAACGAGCUCUGUGGAUCUCUGCAGCUGAAGCGACUAUCUAUUGCAAGAACCCACACUUACGCCUCUGCCAAGGAGCGCUUCCUCCCACAUUUUCCGGUGAUACGACAAUGCAACAAAUUUCCACCACGUUCGCGGGCAUGGAAGAUCCUGCCAUAUGGGGCGUUGCUUCAAUCGACUUCGACGAUGCACUUGGCGUAGUGGCCAUUGGAAACUGUUUCGGUGAACUGUGGGUCUAUGACUUCGGGUCUGAGCGCCCCAUUCGGCCUCCGCGUUUAUCGAUCGACUUGACUGAGCGGGCGGGGCCUCCAAUAACAACAACAUUUCCCCUCGAGCCUUUGCCACUCAAUAAGCUCCCAGCACCACACUACAGAAUGUCGGAUAUUGAACUUGCUUCUUCUCGUGUCUCGCGAUGGGGUAAAGACAAUAUCAACACGUUUGGUCAAUGGAAACCAGCGAAAUAUGCCCGCCGUUAUGGUUUUUCAUCCCAGGACUUUUGGGAGGGUGUUCCUUGUGACUUUGGCUGGGCAUUGGACCACGUUUAUGGCUUUCCAGGCGAGGUCUUACUUCAGUCCACCAUCUACACGUGGGAUGGCAUCGGUGAAGAGAUAAUAUUCCGCAUUGGCGAUCGGUACCUGCUUCUGACAACGGAGAAAGAGGAGCACUUUCUUUCUUGGUCUCUCAACCCUGGCGAUUUUCUCUACCAACCAAAUCAUCCACAAUCAUGUGUGCUUCAAUUGCCGACGUGCGAAACAGCACGUACUAUCCAGAUGCUGUAUCAGCGGUUUCUUGCUCAUGAACGUGGCGGUAAAGGGCGACCUGAGCGCGAUAGAUGGGCGGAGCUUAAUUCGAGAGGAGGAAAGCCGCCCGGGAUCGUUAUGUACUAA